AUGGCGCUCAGUGGCCGUGCCGAGGAAGGUCGCACCUUGAUGGCAGUGGACUUGGCGCUUCAGCCAGCGCCGGCGUUGCCAAAGGAUGGCGGCGCUGAGGUUACUGCAGCGAUCGACCUAUGCGCAGAGCAACUGCAGCUCAUGAUUCAGUGUUUACUCGAGCGUGAAGCGGACGAGUUUUGUCAAGAGUCGUUGCUGCUCUUCGCCGCUUGCAAAGAACGAAGGGACAACGCACUGCGAACCAGGAUCCUGGGGUACGACAGGCGGCACGGUGUACAGGUAUCAACGCUUGAGCGAGAGUCUCAGGAGGUGGCACAAGCGCUCGAUCGGGAGAAACAAAGACAAGGAGAGAGGGAAACGCUCGGCGUAGUCCACCUCACGUCGCGUCUGCAGGACUUGAGGGCGCGCAUCAAGGCGCUCACCAACGGCACCGAAUCAACGGACUGA